AUGAAAAACUUGGCUACGAUUUUACUGUUUCUUGCUUUGCCUCAAAUGUCUGCUGCCACUUGUCCGGCUUGUCCAACUGGCGGUGUUUGGACAGGCUGGAGUCGAGCGACAACUUGCUCGGCCACUUGUGGAAUGAAUGGACAAGUGUUGCAGAAACGCACAUGCUCUUCAUAUAGAUGGGGAUGUCCGUGCACAGGUGCCUACUCUCGGCUUCAGAAGUGUCCAAAUACGCCUUGUGCUACUGCUCCGAAAUGUGCUACCCCAUACACGGUGCAAGCAGCCACUCAAAAGUGUGGCCCGAUCCCGGCCGAUCCAGCCCCGGCAACGGAAACUUGCUCCGUGGCAGUCGAUGCUUGCUGGUGUCCACCAAAGGGACUUUGGAGUGGAUGGAAGAAUGAUGGGACAUGUACAAAGACUUGUGGACUUUGUGGGACGGUGAAACAGGAGCGGACGUGUCUCUCCGCUGAGUGGGGCUGCAAUUGCACUGGAGUGGCAACUCGAACAAAGAAUUGUCCACCUGCCCCAUGCCCCACCGGUGUUGAAUGUUGUCACGCAAAAAAACCGGUGAUCAACUUGCAAACGAAUGGAACAGUUUGUGGCCCUGUGAUCGCUGAUGAUCCCGUUUAUCCGAAUAAUUGUAGAUGCGCAACUUGCACGGCUGCUUCGUUGACCAAACUCACCGCCUCACCCUAUUCUGCCUUCACUUCAGGGGUUUUGGAUAAAAGUGCUUGUUAUAAAUUCAACGCGGUGUGCACGUCAUUGGCUGGACAUCCAGCGAGCAUCGAGUUCAACAACGGCGACAACGGGGUGAUCACCGGGACACCACAAGUACAAGCUAACAUUGCGCGUGCUUCCGAUGGAUCAGGCUGGCAGUACACCGUUGGAAAUGCCACUGUGGAUGUGUCAAAGAUCGGAUGUCUCUCUGUCACUUGUAUCAACUCGCCGCAGUUUUGUGGU